AUGACUUCGCCUCGAGAUACUGGUCAAGGAGACCCUGACCUCAGCCAUGCCAUCGCUCAGUCAAUAUGGGACGAACAAGCUCGUCAGGCCAGAAGCCAGGAGCGACGUGACAGUGUUGAGCCUGAAAAAAGUAUUCCGGACAGAAGCCCCGAUAGCAUUCCUCAUGAUCCUAUCAAGGCUAUGACCAUGAACGUCGACCUCCGUCUAGGAAACGAGUUCACUCCAAUCGCCGAUGAGGCUGGUGACACUCUUAUCUACAUUGGCAUCCCACCACCUCUGCGAGAUCAGUCACGAGACGAGUACACCCACAUCCGCAAACACUUCGAUACUUUUUUCUUGGUCAAGAGCAGCGACAUCAAGGCUCUGCAUUCCAGCAAGUUCGACAAGCUACUCGGCGCUACCCCGUGCAUCCGCGCCGAAACGCGCUUCAAGAAGCUCGACACGUUCAAGAAAUUCAAUCCUUCUCUCAAAGCACGGGUCAAAUAUCAUGUGGAUUUGCGCCCGCCAAAUGAAGACGACGAGGCCGUCCUUCUGAUAACUGACUUAAGUUGCAGCUACGGUAUCCGUGCCUGGCACCUAGCCCAAGACAUGUUCGACCUGCCGCCUUCUGCUGUUGCCGGAACAGACCAUCUUGACUAUCCCUCAAAUCCUUACUAUCUCGAAUACCGACGAGCUCGCGAAGGACCGUACAAAAUCGGGGACCUGCCACUUGCAACAGAAUACUGCCCUCUACGCCACCAUUCCGGGCUUGAGCGCCUCUUCAAUGCAAUGACUGGGGGCGAUCCAAAGCUGGAUUCUGCUCCCAAAAUGUGGACAUACUUUGCUCUCGCUCGAUAUUUCGGCUGUGCGCAGAGUCCGCAGAUCAACAAAUGGAUUCUGCAGUGGCUCCAGAAGACGGGAAACGCCAACUUUGUCCAGAACAACCCCGAAAUUGGCUACCGCAUCGGCCUGGCUUGCGUUUGGCCAGAUCUCACCCGAGAUUCCUUCGCCGUUUUGGUUGGCGAGAAGGCUUUGAUGGACGUUUGUCACCAAUUUGUCGGUCAAGUCGCGAAUUCCGACCAUUCGAUGCAUGGCCGUCCCCUAGAAAUCCUCGACGACGACGAACGUAAUCGCGUUGGUCAUGCUGCAUCGUCCAUGGUCGUACGGCUUCGUCGGGUCAUCGACACCAUGGUCUUGGAGCCAGACUGGUUGGGAGAAAGUCCUGCAUACCAGAAACUCCUGCAAUGCGCCCCCAGAAAUGACUGGGAAGCCCAGAUUGUUCAGGUUGCGCAACAAGCCGUUGUAGACUUCGUCAAAUACAGGCUGAAGGCCAUCAUGAUCAAAGCCUUGGUGGGUACCCACGACCAUCUACGGCCCGCAGGCCGCGAGACUCAACUACCCCAUGCGAAGCACUCCCUGUUCUUCGUUGACACUUACAACAAUCUUCCAUAUCUUGCACGACCUUUUACUCGAAGUUUCUGGAUGGCCGUUGCGGAGAUCGACUUCAAGAAAGACGUGGACCUGCGCUUGGAUAACGCAUCCGCGUGGGAUGGCGAUCUGGCUGAGCAGAAAAACACUAUUAUCCGAGACAUGACUUUGGAACCGCAGGAUAGGAAUAGGGCAUCUGCGGUAGAUCGCAAGAUCAUGAUGGUCAAUGACUUGUUGUAUCCUCCCAAGCCGAUAUUUCCUGAAGCGAGGUCUAACACAUACAACGACCCAGGUGCCUGGGAUGGGCACUCAUUUGCUGAGUCCCAGAUCUCGAUAGCAACGAACGCAAAUACCACGCCCCUUUUGCAGCAGAAACGUGAACAGAUCGGCGAAUUUGAUCCUGGCACUUCCCCCGGGAAGCGGCGCAAGACGUCCGACGACGGCCCAGCGCUUGCCUUGCCUAUCCGACCAGCUCCUGCGCCCACUACAUUCCUCGACGAGAGACCUGCCUUCACUUCAACUCUUCUGAACACUUCGCCCGAAAAGAGAACCUUAUUCGCAAGCCGAAGCAGCGGCACGUCGCCCAUAAAGGAAGAAACUGCAACCACCACGACAGCUACCCCCAGAUCCAACAUCUCCUGGCCCCACAUGACCCAAAAGUGGCCUUCUAUCGGCAGCGUUUUCGGAGCAAGGUCCAAUCUGCCACAACCUGCAGAAGACGGGUUUUCGCACCCAGACGACGCUUGGAACAGUGGAGUCUUCGGUGCUACCCCUGGAGAUGGACUCCCUGAUAGUGUUCGGCCAGGUAACAGCAAUCUUGAUGGUGUACAACUGGCGAACAUGGCUAGUCAGGAGUCUGCGGGCUCUUGGGACGAUCCCACAGAAGGGAAGGCUCUCAAGUCCAAGUGGUCCGCCGACUUAGGCGCCGGGGAUCCGGACCACCUCCAUGUCGACUGGGAGUCCGUGUCAAAGGCUCCUAAAAUGAACCCAAAGAAGAAGCCUGAGCGCCGCGUGUUACAGCAGUUCUCCGAUCUACCCUAUCAGACUCAGUGGAGCUACGGCAACCAGAUCAACUUUGUCGAUAUGAUGAUCCAGUUCAGUCGCUCUCUACGGAACCGUGCACAAGAAAUAGUGUAUCCCGCGCACAUCUUCCACGAGAGCUUCUCGAUGCCGACUGAUCUUAUUGACCACGUCUUCUGUCUCACAGACGAAGAAUGGAAGUUCCUGCCCUUAUCUGUUGGAGGUUUCGAUGACGGCACCGGCGGCGUCUUCGACGAAACUAUCCCAAAUCUCGAAGCUGGCGGAUUUCGGGGCGGGAAGCGUGGUAUUGGCAAGGUCGAUACGGCCACCGAUGACUCCGAGAGUGGGUCGAGCAGCUUUGACGACGUGGCGAGUGAGGCUGUCAGCACGGUCGGCAAAGCCAGCAAGAUUGCCACGGAUGGCACAGAGACGGUCAAGAGCUUUGAUAAUGAUCAGGAGAGUGAUACUGACUUCGACUACACCGACCUUUACGGGCAAGUGCAGCAGAUGCACAUCGAACAGGCUCUCAAGGAAGCUGAGAAGGGUGGCGGACAUUUUCUGGCUGACAGUGACGAUGGAGAUGUCUCAACCAUCAUGGGUGCGGGCAGCGAUGUGCAAGGCCACUUCUUCGGUGACGAUGCCGAUGACUUUCUUAACGAAGACGACGGUGACAACAUUGAAGAGUCGUCCAAGGACAGCAAAGGCAAAUACGCAAAGCCUGACGAUACGAAUGACGACGAUGACGAUGACGACACUUUCGAACUUGUCGACAUAUAG